CCUUUCGCCCCUCCCUGCUCCUCCGGUCGCUCCCUGGGACGACUACGCUGAGUGGCUGGGAACGCGGCGACGGCGGCGGUUGCACUUUCCCACUGCAUCCCCAGCUGGGUUCUGGUGCGCGCCCGGUGGGGCCGCUCGUGCCCGAGAGGCUGGUUGACUGAGGAAGAGAGGGAGGGAUUCCCAGGCUGCCGCGCUACGCCGGGAAGCCUUUCGGUUUUCCGCGAGCCGAGCCCUAAGCAAGUGGUUCCCCGAGACCUCCACCGGCCCCUCGGCGCUGACGGGACCGCGCGGAGCGCGCCCCGCGAAGACAGCUCCCGGGCCCGCGGCCCCGACUCGGCCCUGCACGGCUGGCUCGGGGCAGCGCGGAGGGAGGAAGCAAAAGGGGCCGCUCUCUCCUCGGAGUUGGAAGAGCCUUCCCUGGGUCCAAAAUGCCUAAGAAGAAGCCGACGCCCAUCCAGCUGAACCCGGCCCCCGACGGCUCCGCGGUCAACGGGACCAGCUCGGCGGAGACCAACCUGGAGGCCUUGCAGAAGAAGCUGGAGGAGCUGGAGCUUGACGAACAGCAGCGGAAGCGCCUUGAGGCCUUUCUUACCCAGAAGCAGAAGGUUGGGGAACUGAAGGAUGAUGACUUUGAGAAGAUCAGUGAGCUGGGUGCUGGCAAUGGUGGCGUGGUUUUCAAAGUCUCCCACAAGCCAUCCGGCCUGGUCAUGGCCAGAAAGCUAAUUCACCUGGAGAUCAAACCUGCAAUUCGGAACCAGAUCAUAAGGGAGCUGCAGGUUCUGCAUGAGUGCAACUCCCCCUACAUCGUGGGCUUCUACGGUGCUUUCUACAGUGAUGGCGAAAUCAGUAUCUGCAUGGAGCACAUGGAUGGGGGUUCAUUGGAUCAGGUUCUGAAGAAAGCUGGAAGAAUUCCUGAACAAAUUUUAGGAAAAGUUAGCAUUGCUGUAAUAAAGGGCCUGACAUAUCUGAGAGAGAAGCACAAGAUUAUGCAUAGAGAUGUCAAGCCUUCCAACAUCCUAGUGAACUCCCGUGGGGAGAUCAAGCUCUGUGACUUUGGGGUCAGCGGGCAGCUCAUCGACUCCAUGGCCAACUCUUUCGUGGGCACAAGGUCCUACAUGUCGCCAGAAAGACUCCAGGGGACUCACUACUCGGUGCAGUCAGACAUCUGGAGCAUGGGGCUCUCUCUGGUUGAGAUGGCGGUUGGGAGGUAUCCCAUUCCUCCUCCAGAUGCCAAGGAGCUGGAGCUCAUGUUCGGGUGCCAGGUGGAAGGAGAUGCGGCUGAGACACCACCCAGGCCAAGGACCCCUGGAAGGCCCCUCAGCUCUUAUGGAAUGGACAGCCGACCUCCCAUGGCAAUUUUUGAGUUGUUGGAUUAUAUAGUCAAUGAACCUCCUCCAAAACUGCCCAGUGGAGUAUUCAGUCUGGAAUUUCAAGAUUUUGUUAAUAAGUGCUUAAUAAAAAACCCUGCAGAGAGAGCAGAUCUAAAGCAGCUCAUGGUUCAUGCUUUUAUCAAGAGAUCUGAUGCUGAGGAAGUGGAUUUUGCAGGCUGGCUCUGCUCCACCAUUGGCCUUAACCAGCCCAGCACACCAACCCACGCAGCUGGCGUCUAAGCACCUGGGAGGCAGUAAAGAGCAAGUCCCCCCCUGCCCAGUGGUGUGCCGUGUAGCCUUCAGGCCUCUUUCCCAUGCCUGUCUCUGCUCAGACGUGUAUUUCACCUGUGACAAAGGAUGAAGAACACAGCAUGUGCCAAAAUUCUACUCAUGUCAUUUUUAAUAUUAUUGUCUUUAUUCUUAUUACUACUGUUACUCCCCUAAGUGGAUUGGCUUUGUGCUUGGGGCUAUUUUUAUGUAUGUCUAUGAUCAAAACACAGUGUUGAAUUACAGUGAAACUCUGGUGACUGUGGGUAGUCAUUCUUAAAUGAAAAUCGCACUGCUCUUCCCUCACCCUGGCUGGCUGGCUGCCUGCACUUGGACACUUGGUGGUACUUCAUUCUUGCAGGGCGCACUUCUUUCUAUUCGAGUAGGAGGGAGCCUCGUAAGAUCCUUUACAGGCAGUGCAUGUGAAGCAUGCUUUGCUGCUAUGAAAGUGAGCAUCAGAACGUGUGUAUCAUGUUGUUUUAUUAUUAUAUUUUUGCUUUUGGUGUUGAAUUCAGCAAUUUCCAUCAAAAUCUAGCCAGAGCCUCUACUACCAAAAUAGCUGGGGCCUCACCAGUCUGUCUGCUGUGGUGAUCUCUAGACUUCUGGUUGUAUUUCUCUAUUUAUUUUUAAAUAUACCAUGUGGGAUAUUUAGUGGUACAUGUCUCUCAUUAAGUUUGGAUUUAAGUGUUUCUAAAAUGGUGGAAUCAUUUUGAAUGUUAAAAAUGGAUCAAGGCAUUAAAAUGUAGGAGAUUUCUCUUUCCCCAAAUUCAAGUACCAAUGCUAUUGUAAACAACAGUGUGUAUAGUGCCUAAAAAUUGUAUGAAAAUCCUUUUAACCAUUUUAAUCCAGAUGUUUAACAAAUCUAAACUCUUAUUCUAAUAAAUAUAUUAUCAAGUUAAAA